AAUCAUAACCUCUCCAACUCCCAAAAAUCAUCACUAAACAUCGUGUUAUGGCAACAGUACGAUCUAUCUUAUCUGCCAACCUAACCAAACAAACCUUCGACGCGAUGGUCACCUCCAAAAAAAUCAUCCUCGGGAAACAUUUCGAUGGCAUGCCCCAAGAAUCCGACUUUAAAAUCGUCGAAGAACAACUACCCCCUCUUAAAGAUGGAGAAUUCCUUGCAGAGGCGGUUUUUCUGAGUGUGGACCCUUACAUGAGGGCAUACGCACACAAUAUGAACCCCGGCGACGUCAUGGUCGGCACCCAGGUGGCUAAAGUGGUGGAAAGCAAAAAUAACAACUACCCGGUUGGGGAGCACGUGGUGGGGAAAUUCGAUUGGAGGACUCACACGAUCUCCUCAGGCCUCGCCAGUGAGGUAGCAGGAGCAGGGAACGCCCCCGCCCCUUACGUCAUCCCCAACUUAAGCGGUCUACCCUUGUCGUACUGCUUGGGGGUAUUAGGGAUGCCUGGAUCCACCGCCUAUUUCGGGCUUCUCGACAUCUGCGAACCCAAACCAGGCGAAGUCGUCGUGGUUUCAGGGGCGGCCGGCGCUGUCGGGAUGAUCGUAGGCCAAAUCGCCAAAAUCAAGGGUUGCAAGGUCAUCGGGAUCACCGGGUCCGACGAAAAAGGGCGCCAUUUGGUCGACGUGUUAGGGUUUGACGGGUACGCCAACUACAAGACCGACAACUUGGACCAGAAGUUAGGGGAGCUGGCGCCAGAAGGAAUUGACUGUUAUUUUGAUAAUGUUGCAGGUGAGAUUAGUACCACGGUGAUUUCACACAUGAGGGAGUUCGGACGGAUUUCGGUGUGUGGGUCGAUUUCGUCGUACAACCACGACGUGAAGGAUCCGCCCAAAGUUGGGGUGGUCCAAUUCUACAUGUACGAGAAUCAGCUAAUUAUGAAGGGGUUCCAGAAUUAUUUGUAUAAAGAUAGGGCGGCUGAGGCUUUUCGCCAGAAUUUGGACUGGAUCAAGGAGGGGAAGUUGAAGUAUAUGGAGACGGUCACCGAGGGGUUCAACAACAUGGUGAAGGCUUUUAUUGAGAUGCUGUCGGGGAAGAAUUUGGGGAAAGCUAUUGUUAAAAUGUGACUUUGUUUAUGUACUGUCCAAAUAUAUAUUUUUUGUUAUA